AUGCGGCGAAAAAAGCGAGAGGCGUUGCGAGCAGAAUUGCUUGCUGCUGGAGAUCCCAUUCUUUCCUGGCGCGCCUGCAUGAGGCAGGCGCGCUCGCGGCCAAUACCGUCAGCGAGCAGCUCUGCUCAGCAGCCUGCAAAGUCCAAGCACACUGGGCGGCAGGAAACUGUCAAGCGCCCAAUGCGUCGAAAAAGACGCCGACUUCGAGCGAAACCAACUGUGGGCCUGGAAUCAGUUGCUGCAACA